GAGCGCUGUUGGCAGGAAACGUGAUAGAAAUAAAGUCAGGACAUAAUGUCCCCGGACACCUCGGUCACCCAAAGCGACUGCUGAGCCUACCGUGUUAUCAAAUUCGCUUUCAUUUAUUGUCGUCUCCUCCGCCCUCUCGCCCCCCCUCCCCGUCAAGAGAGCGAAGAGUGUUUCACUCUUAAAGCAAAAACAGAGGCGCGGUUUAACCCCACCCCCUACCGCGGGACCACCGUGGCUAAACUGGAGCGGCUAGUUAGCUGAGCCGUUGCGCAGAAAGGGAGCGCUCCUGCAGGAGCCCUGAUGCUGGUUUCACGAGGGCAGCUCCAGCCUUAUCAAAAUUCCUAGAUCCUGCCCCUAAACAGUGCUUUGCGCUUCAAGAUUCUCCUUCGGAUUUCUCGGCGAGUUAUUGGAGUUAUUAGAUUACCAAUAAUCCAGGGGCCGGCCGGGAUUAGAGAAGGGGCGGGGGGGGGGGUGCGAGAGGCAUUCUCCAAAUCUGGAGACUGUGUCUAAAGUAGGUCAAUGGGAAGGAGAGGCGGAGCUACAUGGGGGUUGUCGGUUUCAAGCCUUGAUGGAGGGCUCUCUCUAGUGUUUAGCAGCGGUAAGACAUGAUUAGGUUUGAGCUCCCGGAACCACGGGAAUCCUAAUUUCCAAUAAGCGCAUGUACUUAAUUUUCACUUCCCUUCCUAGAUACUCACCCCAUUCCAUAUUAAAUUUCAACCUUCGCUUUCCCCUUGAUUCCACCGGGCGAAGGGAUGAGAAAGUCUCAAGGUAGGGCUUUAUGAGGCGGAGGAGGCCCAGUCUUUACCAACCGCCCUGACCCCGCCUCCGCUGCUGAUGGGAUGCGCGGCGCAGUGUGACGCCACCCGCCAGUUUUAGGACUGGACUGCGGCCUUACGUACUGCGUCUUUCCAAACCCCAGCCCCGAAAAAGUCCUCUCGGAGCCCACUAAUAGGACCAAUUAGGAGAGGGCGCCCAGGGGUUCUAAUUCUGAGGAAGGCCCAGAGAAAGCGAGCCAACCUUGGAACUCUCUCGUGCGCGCGCUGGGGUCAGCGCCCCGGCCUCUGCGGAAUCCGUACCGCGUCUCUACGGUUUCGGAGAAAUCGGAUUCCGAAAUCCCGAAAUCUGGCCAGGUUCGGCCUUGCAGCUCCUAUUCUAAAGACUUGGGCGGAAACCGAGCCUAGCAGGGUUCCCCUAUUUGCCAACGUAGGCGGAAGGGGCUUUCUGUUUGGUUUUCCUACAAGUAGUCUGGCGCGCACUGGAUGGAGACCCUCAGUCCUAGGGACUCCCGUCUUUUUGACCUUGAUGCCUGGCGCAACCAUCCUCUUAAAGGGGGCGGAGGCAAGCAAAAAGCAAAAAUAAAUAAAUGACGCACCGGGCAAACAAAGGCCAGAAUUGGGCAAUUUGAAGUUAUAAAGUCUCAGAUUGGACCCGAAUUCCUGGGUUCUACUCUGCUACUAACUUGUGCGACUUUCCCCAUUUAUAAAACUUUUGGGGGAAGGGCUGGACCGGGUGAACUCAGAGUCCUGGACCCGGCGCGGGCGAGGGAUUUAGAGGAAAGUGCGCCUAUUCCCCGCGAGCCUCCCGGGGCGGCCCCCCCUCCCCGGGUGAAUCCCCGGCGGCCCUGGCGGCGCAGGCGGCGAUCCUGGCGGCCGUCGGGGGCCGGCAGCUUCCUGGAAAGUUACUUCUCGUUGGAGCCGGCGAUAGGCAGAGAGUGUUCUGUGAAAUCCGUUGAGCUGAGAUCGACUACAUUCCGGGAAUGAGAGGGCUGUGCCAUUCCCCUCACUACCCCCUGCCUUGACGGCGUAACAGGAAAAAAAAAAAAAAAAAAAAAAAAAAAAGAGCACACACAAUGUUAGCUACCGAAGUGCACGAAACGUUUUAUUUGAAUGUAACCAAAUUAAGGGCUGACACGAUCUCACCACGGGGCCUCCGACGCGCCUGCGGGGGCUUCGCGGCAGAUGGGCAGCGGUGCCCGCAGAACGCCCGGGGGUGGGCGGUCCCUGGCGGGCAGGUACGGUAAGGUCGGGGUGGGCAAUGUAGCCGGGGCUUGCGGCGGAGCGCAGGAUUCGGGUUUGUGUUCCUGUGUGCGCGCGCGAGGAAACGGCUGCUUAGUGGCCGCCGAGUGGAGAAGCCGGGGACGGGGUUGAAAGAAUGGAUGGAGCCUUUGGUAUUGGCUCACUCUCGCUGUCGCUCUUAACCUCGCCUCUUGUCCUUCUCUCACCUCCUCUCGUCUCUCCGUCUUCCUUUUCUGCUGUCUUCUCUUCUCUCUCUGCCCUUUUUUCUUUCUUUCUUUUUUAAAGGAAAGGGUUCCUCUUUUUUUCUUCUCCAACUCCUUUAAAAGAUCUGCCUUCUCAAGGUGCCAAAUUGCAAGUCCAGAGAGUUUGAAGAGGCAGAAGAGAGAAAGUGUGUGGGUGGAAAGACAACGUUUAGGUCUGGCUUGGUGGUUACUGCGGCUGGGGCGGGACUGGGGUCCAGAGAGUUCGGUCCGGGCCCUUGCAGUUCAGUUUUCUCUUGGACAGCCCUGCUCUCUUAGCAGUUGUUUUGUGUUACGAGUAUUGCGUGUAGCAUCGGUGGGAUGGCUGGAGCUAGGCAACAGAGUUUGUCCAGGACUUUGCUGGAGAUUAGCUUUCAGUAUUGGGCGAGGCUUGUCCCGUGGAGCUUCAGUGACCUUUUCAGUUAAUCAGGGCUGUUACAAGGAUCCCAUACAGUAACAGAUGGGAAAGGGCCAGGUGGCUGGUAAGAAGCAAAGCGGCUGCUAGGUGCUUCCACACUUGGAGCAUCCGGAGGGAGACAUGGCUUCCCACAUCCACCAUAACACAGGCUCACUAACUGGGGGGCGUCCUAAGCUAGUGCUGGUGGAAGAAAGAGUGGAUUUAAUAAGGAUGUGGGCCUCAGUGUGUGUGCAUUUGUUUUUGACCAAGCUGGGCAGAAGCAGAGGAUGGAAAUGGCCCAACCCCAGGGCCAGGCUGACAAGUAGACCCCUGGGAAUGGCAAGUGUUUUGUUUGUUUGUUUCAAUCUGCAUAUGGAAUGAGUGAGUCAUUGCCACUUGCCAAGGUGAAAUUGCAAAUCUGGGCUUCCAGUGAUUCCAAAAGUCUGUGACUGGGAAUUCACAAGCAAGCUGGUGGUUGAAGCUGGCUAAAGGACAGCCUUAGGUGUUUCAGAAGUGUUCAGGGGCGUCUUUCAUGGGGGAGGAGGAGACGGUUUAUAAAUGAAACUCAAAUGUGUCUUCAGCAUUCUUUUUCAACGGCGACAAUCACUGAACUUUGGUUAGGACUGAUCUAGUGUAUCUCUCUUUGCCCAUCUUGAGUUAGGAUGGGAGAGGAGGAAAUAGGUUCUUUCAUCUCUUCCUGUCCUCUCCCUUCCCCCAUUCCCUUCCCUCAUCCUCACUCACUCACAUGCACACACUAACCUUGAAGCCGAUGGGAUUGAGUGACUGGCACUUGGGACCACAGAGAAAUGUCAGAAUGUUUGGUUACAGACUCAAGGAAACCUCUCAUUUUAGAGUGCUCAUUUGAUUUUAAGCAAAAUUUUGGACUGUGAAUCAAGGCGUUGGGUGAAGACAAAAUGGCCUCCCCGGCUGACAGCUGUAUCCAGUUCACCCGCCACGCCAGUGACGUUCUCCUCAACCUUAAUCGCCUCCGGAGCCGUGACAUCUUGACUGAUGUUGUCAUCGUGGUGAGCCGUGAGCAGUUCAGAGCCCAUAAGACAGUCCUCAUGGCCUGCAGUGGCCUGUUUUAUAGCAUCUUCACGGACCAGCUCAAAUGUAACCUGAGUGUGAUCAACCUGGAUCCCGAGAUCAACCCUGAGGGGUUCUGUAUCCUCUUGGACUUCAUGUACACGUCCCGCCUCAACCUGCGGGAGGGCAACAUCAUGGCCGUGAUGGCCACGGCCAUGUACCUGCAGAUGGAGCAUGUUGUGGACACUUGCCGGAAGUUUAUCAAGGCCAGUGAAGCAGAGAUGGUGCCUGCGCUCAAGCCUCCCCGUGAAGAGUUUCUGAACAGCCGGAUGCUGAUGCCCCAAGACAUCAUGGCUUAUCGGGGCCGGGAGGUGGUGGAGAGUAACCUGCCGCUGAGGAACGCCCCUGGGUGCGAAAGCAGAGCCUUCGCCCCCAGCCUGUACAGUGGCUUGUCCACCCCGCCGGCCUCUUAUCCUGUCUACAGUCACCUCCCUGUCAGCAGCUUCCUCUUCUCUGACGAAGAGCUGCGGGAUGCCCGGAUGCCGGUGGCCAAUCCCUUCCCUAAGGAGCGGGCCCACCCUUGUGAUAGCGUCAGGCCCAUCCCUGGUGACUACAGCCGGCCAGCCAUGGAGAUCUCUCCCGGUGUGUGCCACAGCAGCAUCUACUCACCCAAGGAGGCGGCCCCAGAGGAGACACGCAGUGACAUGCACUACGGCGUGGCCGAAGGCCCCAAGCCUGCCGCCCCCUCGGCCCGGAGUGCCCCAUACUUCCCCUGUGACAAGGCUGGCAAGGAGGAAGAGAGGCCCUCCUCAGAGGAUGAGAUCGCCCUGCAUUUCGAGCCCCCCAGUGCGCCCCUGAACCGCAAGGGUCUGGUCAGUCCACAGAGCCCCCAGAAGUCCGACUGCCAGCCCAACUCGCCCACGGAGUCCUGCAGUAGCAAGAACGCCUGCAUCCUCCAGACCUCUGGUUCGCCUCCAGCCAAGAGCCCCACCGACCCCAAAGCCUGCAACUGGAAGAAAUACAAGUUCAUUGUGCUCAACAGCCUCAACCAGAAUGCCAAACCGGAGGGGCCUGAGCAGGCCGAGCUGGGCCGCCUCUCCCCUCGAGCCUAUACCGCCCCGCCGGCCUGCCAGCCGCCGAUGGAGCCCGAGAGCCUCGACCUCCAGUCCCCAACCAAGCUCAGCGGCGGCGGGGAGGACUCCACCAUCCCACAGGCCAGCCGGCUCAAUAACAUCGUCAACAGGUCCCUGACAGGCUCCCCCCGCAGCAGCAGCGAGAGCCACUCCCCGCUCUACUUGCACCCCCCCAAGUGCACGUCCUGCGGCUCUCAGUCCCCCCAGCAUGCAGAGAUGUGCCUCCAUACCGCCGGCCCCACGUUUCCCGAGGAGAUGGGAGAGACCCAGUCUGAGUACUCGGAUUCCAGCUGUGAGAAUGGGGCCUUCUUUUGCAAUGAGUGUGACUGCCGCUUCUCUGAGGAGGCCUCACUCAAGAGACACACACUGCAGACCCACAGUGACAAACCCUACAAGUGUGACCGCUGCCAGGCCUCGUUCCGCUACAAGGGCAACCUCGCCAGCCACAAGACCGUCCAUACGGGUGAGAAACCCUAUCGUUGUAACAUUUGUGGAGCCCAGUUCAACCGGCCAGCCAACCUGAAAACCCAUACCCGAAUUCACUCUGGAGAGAAGCCCUACAAAUGCGAAACAUGUGGAGCCAGAUUUGUACAAGUGGCCCACCUCCGUGCCCACGUGCUCAUCCACACUGGAGAGAAGCCCUAUCCCUGUGAAAUCUGUGGCACCCGUUUCCGGCACCUUCAGACUCUGAAGAGCCACCUGCGAAUCCAUACAGGAGAGAAACCUUACCAUUGUGAGAAGUGCAACCUGCAUUUCCGUCACAAAAGCCAGCUGCGUCUUCACUUGCGCCAAAAGCACGGCGCCAUCACCAACACCAAGGUGCAGUACCGAGUGUCUGCCACCGACCUGCCCCCGGAGCUCCCCAAAGCCUGCUGAAGCAUGGAGUGUUGAUGCUUUCCAUUCGAGUCCCUUCUCAGAAUCUACCCAAAGGAUACUGUAACACUUUACGACUUUCAUCCCAUGACGUAGUGCCUCUUUCAUCCACUAGUGCAAAUCAUAGCUGGGGUGGGGGUGGGGGGAGGGGCGUGGGGUUGGGGGGCCAAGGCAGCUUCCCUUCCCCUACUGCCAUAAAACAUUAAGAAAAUAAUAUUGCUUCUUCUCCUAUGUGUAAGGCAAACCAUGUCAGCAAAAAGCAAAACCAUUUUAUAUAUCAAAGUGAGGGAGUAGGCAAAAGUUUUGACUUGACUUGGUCUGCAAAAUGAGGAAUGUAUAUGUUUUGCGGGGACAGAUGUUUCUUUUGUAUGUAAAUGUGCAUUCUUUUAAAAGAAGAGACUUCGGUAUGUUAUCAAAGAGAGGGCUUUAAUUUUUUUAACCAAAGGUGAAGGAAUAUAUGGCAGAGCUGUAAAUAUAUAAAUAUAUAUAUAUAUAAAAUAAAUAUAUAUAAACCUAAAAAAGAUAUAUUAAAAAUAUAAACUGCGUUAAAGGCUCGAUUUUGUAUCUGCAGGCAGACACGGAUCUGAGAAUCUUUAUUGAGAAAGAGCACUUAAGAGAAUAUUUUAAGUAUUGCAUCUGUAUAAGUAAGAAAAUAUUUUGUCUAAAAUGCCUCAGUGUAUUUGUAUUUUUUUGCAAGUGAAGGUUUACAAUUUACAAAGUGUGUAUUAAAAAAAAAACACAAAAAGAACAAAAAAAAAAAGCUGCCGAAGGAAAAAUGUGUAGUUUUGUUCUAGUUUUCGGUUUGUAUAUAUACCUGUACAACGUGUCCUACGGUGCCUUUUUUCAUGGAAGUUUUCAGUGAUGGACGAGCGCGCCAUCCCUUCUGAAGUGUAGGCAGACACAGGGACUUGAAAUUGUCGCUCACUAAGCUCUCCUUGGGAAUGUUUGUCUCAUCACAUUCUGCGUCAUGCUUGUGUUAGAACUACUCCGGAGACAGGGUUUGGCUGUGUCUAAACUGCAUUACCGCGUUGUAAAAUAUAGCUGUACAAAUACAAGAAUAAAAUGUUGAAAAGUCAA